AUGUCGGUGCUAGUGGUAAGUCUCCAUCUCCACUUCUACAUGCUGAUACGGGUUUUUCAUCACCAAAGAGGGACUCCAUUCAAGUUGACUUUCGAGGCGACUAACAAUCUUGAUGGCAAUGUGGAAACAUUUCAUGUGGACACAACCAUCAAUCUGGGUGAUCAUUUGCAAUUAUCCAUCCCUGAGCAGGCUUCGGUCAUACCACCCGAAGUUCCGCAAGUCAAGUCCAAUAUGGAGGAGGUUCGAACUUCAGGCAUCACUACGAACAUAUCUGAUAUGGAUGUAAAUGUCAAUAAGGGUGAUGGGGUGUCGAUUUCUCAAGCCAAGGAGGUUGCGAAGGUUGAUCAGAACUAUUCUAGCAUUCAUACUAAGGUAGAUAUAGUUGUUGAUGCAUUCACGAAGCUCGCUGAGUAUCACACUUCUCUUAACUCUAAGGAGUUCGUACAUCUACAAGGCGUGUUGGCAGAAGUGAAGGAGAUGAUUUCGAAACUUGCUAUUCCUCCUACUUCCACAGUUUCUCAAGAGUCCAUCUCACAACUGUUUUCGGAGUCUCAACUGAAGGCUGGUCUUGAUCCUUUACUACAAUUGGUUAACUUGAUGCCCAUGGCUGCCCCACCUGUUUCCACAGGGGUGCAAGGGGGAGAUAAGGGGGUGAUAGUUACUAGAGUUAGAGUAAUCUUUGAAAGCCUUCGCUACUUUACUCUAUAG